GAAGUUGCCCGGUGCGCCCGGUGCGUUGAUAAACAUUGAUAACGUCCCUAGAAGAUGAGAUAGACAUCUCCCCGGAGAUGCUUCACCCCCUGGUGGAUAUCGUACAUAAAGGAUCAGGACGCGACCUUUUUAUUUCAGCGAUAUCCCUCACUCGGCUCCCACAAACAUGACACUGUUUGUCGUGAUGGACCAAUUGCAAUUGAGGUAUAUGUAUGAUUAGAGUGCAAUACGAUGAAAUCAGGUCAUAAAAUUUUCGUGCUCACGACGGGGGGGCGAUUCUACAAGCACCACUUAGUAGCUGUGAUGCUGGAGGUGGAAUUCAUACAUAAGGAUGCUGGAGCCAGUGUGUCCAGAAUGUUUAUAUGUCCAGAAUCACCAGAGCCGGAAAACAACAACACAGUCUACUAGACAAUUCAGAUCUUAAGAUGGCACUCACACCUCAACAAAUCGACAUCAUCAAGGCUACAGUGCCUGUGGUCCAAGAGUAUGGAACCGCCAUUACUACCACCUUUUACAAGAACGUUCUCGCCGCAAACCCAGCACUAAAUAACAUCUUCAACCAAACCAACCAAAAGAAUGGAGAUCAACCACGUGCUCUGUCAGGUGCUCUCGCUGCUUAUGCGGCCAAUAUCGAUAACCUUGCUGUACUCUCGGAUGCCGUGGAAAGAAUAUGUCAGAAGCACGCCUCAUUAUUCAUCCGACCAGAACACUACCCGAUAGUUGGAAAAUACCUGCUGGAGGCCAUGGGCCAGGUACUCGGUGCGGCAUUGACGCCAGAAAUCCUAGACGCGUGGACGGCUGCCUACAACCAACUGGCUCAGAUUAUGAUUGAUAGAGAAAUGCAAUUAUAUCAAGAAGCCGGCGAGUGGAAAGAAUGGAGGGACUUCAAGAUCGCCAAGAAAGUCAAAGAAUCCAGUAUCAUCACCUCUUUCUACCUAGAGCCCGUGGACGGAAAACCCCUCCCCCCUUUCAAGCCGGGCCAGUAUAUCUCAGUCCAAGUCCAUGUACCAGACUUUGGAUAUUUGCAAUCUAGACAAUACUCAUUGAGUGAUCGUCCAAAUGAGAAAUACUACCGUAUCAGUGUGAAGCGAGAGGAUGCUGUUGUCCUCCCAGAAGCCAACACACCAGUCGAAGCAGGUGUGAUUUCAAAUAUUCUUCACGAUACCAAACACGAGGGCGAUGUAGUCCAGGUAUCUCCACCUCAAGGCGAAUUCUUCCUCGAUCUGCAAAAGAAUACCGAUUCUCCCGUAGUUUUGAUUUCCGCCGGAGUUGGCCUCACCCCCAUGGUAUCCAUCCUCAAUACCUUGGUAGAAAGAGGAAGCGCGCGACCAAUAUCAUACAUCCACGCAGCACGCAGCAAAGAAGUAGAUGCAUUCCAUGACCAUGUCCAAGAAAUCGCCACAUCGAAUUCAAAUGUCCGUUCCUGGGUUUUCGUCAAGAAUCUACCCGCCGACAAUUAUGGACAUCCGGUCAAGGAUCUAGCGGGACGAAUGGACUUAUCGAAAGUUAAAGACGCUGCGUUGCAUUUGGAUGAUUCUACUACCGUGUAUUUUAUCUGUGGCCCGGGAGGAUUUAUGGAUGAUAUGAGUAAGGUUUUGCAAACCUUUGGAGUGAGCGAAGAUAGGAUUAACCUGGAGGUUUUCGGCACCGGAGAAGCGCAGUGAUAGGUGUUCGUCGUAAUGCAUGAUGCAUGAGAGAUGGGAAGUGUACAUAGAAGAUUCCCAGAAGUUUAAACUCCACUAAUAUUUAAGAUACCAACAAAUACAUAUAUUCUCGUAGCCA